AAUAUGACCUGUACGUACCUAGCCGGCUGCGGAUGUUCCAACACGGAGUUUGCUGUGUUUCUGAAGGGGAAAUCAGCUCGUAAAUUUGCGAUUUUGCGGAACUCAGAUUUUGAAAUUUCAUCGUCUUCUCUGCCAGAAUGGCGCACUCAGGAAAGGGAAAACUUAUUGCUGUAAUCGGUGACGAGGAUACGUGCACAGGGUUUCUUCGGGGUAUUGGAGAGUUGAAUAACAAGAGGCAUCCCAACUUUGUAGUUGUUGAAAAAGACACAAGCGUUCACGAAAUCGAGGAAAGUUUCAAGAGUUUUGUGACGCGAUCGGACAUUGCUAUCAUCCUCAUCAAUCAGAACUACGCGGAGCUCAUCAGACACUUGCUGGACAACCACACAGACCCCAUCCCUGCUGUUCUAGAGAUUCCAUCCAAGGAUAGUCCCUAUGAUCCAAAUAAAGACUCCAUCCUGCGAAGGGCCAAGGGCAUGUUCAGCGCCGAAGAUUUCCGAUGAAAUUCCAGAUCACCGAAGAAUGGAUCUUGUCAACUCCUGCAUAAUUUUGAUCAAAUGGCACGGACAUCUGUAACAGUGCAAUGCGUCCGCAUAAAGCAGCAAUAAGAUGUAUUUAUCGUUAUUAGACCUCACACAAAGCAUUUUAUUUUGUGAUUGGCGCAAACACGCCACGUCAUGUGCAUUAACUAUGUGAUAGCCCCAGGAAGUCAGAAAUUAUUAUAUAACCAACAUACAGACCCUUGUCAUUUGAUUGGUGGAACUCACUUCACGUGACAUUCGUUAUUACUCCCAUUCACACUGGGGCUCAAAAAAGUCCCAUUCGCCCAUGGGGA